AUGAUCAAAUGCCCUUGGUCUACUAUUAAUUUGCACCUGAACAGAGUUGUUGUCAAGGAGUCAACACCAAACAACCCUGAACCUGCUGAUCCUCACCACAGACAUCCCAAACAAGCUAAAGUCAAAUCGUAUGACCUCAGUGUUAUGGAUAAGUUUUGGGGAUUGCACAAAGGAAGUCCUUUUCCAACAGUGGCAGAAUCAAUACAGAAAGAACUGGAUGAAUAUAGAGCUUCUGAAGAAGAAGUCAAGAGACUAAAAAAUGUCAUGGGAAUAGAUGAGAGUAACGAAGAAGCCAUGGGUGAACUGAUGGCUGAUAGUACAGCUAAACUAACAUCAGCUGUCAGUUCACUUCCUGAGUUGCUUGAAAAGAAGAGGCUGAUCGAUAUGCACACCACAAUUGCCACAGCACUUUUGGAUCACAUUAAGUCAGGAAAGCUCGAUGUAUACUUUGAGACUGAAGAGAAGAUCAUGAGCAAAGCCACAUUGGUAAGCAAUUACUUCUGACCAAUGGCAACAGUGAAUGAAUGAAACACUUAAAAAAGGAGCUUGAGUAGCCUUCGAAUACUCUCAUGUAAAUAGUCUCUGUAAAAGAGCGGCGUGUUGGCAAACCCUCAUAAAACUACGCAAAGACUGUCUGAUUCUUAUUAUCCAAUCAGAGCGAAUG